UGCCCCGGCCCCGCCACCGGAGCGGCCCCGUCCGAGCGGGGUCUCUGCCGGUCACCCCGGGAUCCGGGGAGGCCCCGCGUGAAGCCCCCCGAGCGAAGGUGGUGCUUGGGAAUUUGGGAAUUCCCGUGGAUGUGUCGCACGGUGGCCGGUCCCGCCCGAGGGGUUCGCUCCAUGGGGAACCCGCCCCGUUCCCGGGCAGCCCUCCCGGUGCCGGGGCCGCGUCUGACACCUCUGAGCGCCUGGGCUGCCGCGGGGAGAAGGGAUGCGUGGAACACACGCCGGGAGCGUCGAGGCGGCUUCCCGAGAUCGGGAUUUUUGCGCUUGGGGAGGCAGGAGGAAGAAUCGCUUUGCAUUUUUAAUUGCCGAGGGUUUCUGUUACUCCAGUGCCUCGGCUAUAACAGUUUUGGGAAGGUUUUGGUACUUGGAAAAUAACGGUGAAGGAACAAGUGGGUGUGUUUCCUUGCCAUGGAAGCAAAUAUGCUCGCAGGAAUUUUAAAGUGCUUUCUCAGUGUGCGAGGUAGAAAGGGUCAGCUGCAGGGAGCGAUCGUCUGCUGGGAUAAUUUUGAGUCUAAUCUUGUCUCAAAAUUCAGUCUUUAAGUAGAAAUUUUUAAAAAAUGCUUCAACAUUCAAAAUGAUACUGUGUUUCUCUUUUUAUUAAGCUAAAACAGUACUGGUCCUGCCUGUUCAGUAUAUCUUUUCUUUAAUCAAAAGUGCUUUUUAGAUGGGAUUGACUGAUAAUACACGGGCUGCAGCUUUUUUUUUGUAGGGGAGAAAAGAAAGGAUGUUUGUUUUAAUUAGCUGUAAUUCUGGCUAACUGUCUCUGUAAACGGUCUUGCCCUCCCAAGAACGUAUGUUUUGUAUCCUCUAGGAAUAUGCAAAUGUAAAUAGCUCUUUGAAGCAUCAGCAACUACAGGCCUCUCAGUCUGGUUAUUCUAAACCACAGUUGCUUAUUAAGGGGAAAGGCUCUACUACUUCUGACUUCUGUGGGUUUGUGUUUCUCAUGGCCAUUCAUGGUUUUUGAUGCCUACUUGUAUGUAAAAUAACCUCUAACCACAACUUUUUAUUGGAUUAAUAGGCUGCUUUAUCCUGUCUUCCUUUCCAUGCUGUGUGUUCCCAUUGUCUGUUUGGAUACCAGCUGUGGUGUGAGGGGCUGUGUAGGCUUGGGGUCUGUAAAAGAAGUUCCUUGGGAGAGUGCCCAGGCAAGAGGGAAUUUCCACAGAGAAUGUGAGGAGAGCUGUUUGGUUUGGCUGUCAGUAAACUAAGGUGACUGUAACUGGAAUUCCACAAAGCUGGAAGUAGGAUCUGCUGCCAUGUCACUGUCACCAUGGGCUCCCAAGAGAUCUGCUGUAUUUGGGGACCAUUGCUUGGAAUGUAUUAGGAAGGUGAUGUUUGUAGGGGGAGGGGUUUUUUUUCCUUCAAAUACCUGCUCUCAAAAAGUCUUUUGGAAAACCAGGAAUAAGAACAGUGAGGACUCACUGAAUUUAUUUGGCAGAGCUCAAAGUUGCACACAGUUCCUUGAUACUGUGCAAGGCAAUGAUGACAAAGCUGAGGGCAACUGUGGUGGCUGCAGCCUGUGUGCCAUUUUUCAAUGGCACUGUUAGCAGGAGACAUGCAGGUUAAUUAGUUUACAGGAAUGCAGAAGCUGUUUUCCAGCUCAAAUUCGAUAUUUUACGCUGUUUUCAGCACGGACCCAAUUGCCUGUGUGGUUACACUGUGGCAGGAGGGGCAGGAGAACCUGAAGGAAUACAUAUUUUUAAUCUUGCAGAGCUGUUUGGUUGUCAGUAAGUUGACAGAACUCAAAGAAUACUUCAGGUUUCUCUAUUUACUUUGAUACAUUAGACAUGGUUUGAAACUUUAAUUUUUGUCAGUCAUCACAGUCAGAGAACUUCAGCCUGAAAUUACUGAUUUUGAUAAGUGCAGUAGCUGAGAUGACGCUGACUGGAUCUCAGCACCAACUUUUGAACUUAGUUGUUGGAAGUUCUGCUUGAUAAACCCAUGGAAGUUACUGUGGAGGUUUGGAGGUGCUUGAAGAUGAAAAUAAGGUGUUUUAUGGCAUUUUCAAGUGCAUUUUCCAUCUGGGUCUUUCUCCAAGAGUUGUUAAGAUAGAUUUCAGAUGAUGGACUAAAGUAAAGCAGAGGUAUACUCUGCCUGUGGGGGAUGUGUGUGUGUAUGUAUCUGUAUGUAUAUGGUAGUCUUGCACUGCAGCAGUUCCAGGUUUAGUUAAAUCAAAUCCAGACUGGUGAAUUUUGUGUACUCAGGUGUUACGUAGUUGGAACUCAAGGCAUUGAAUCAGAACACGAAAUGAUGGACUUGCAAAAUGAGAAUGCUUUUCUUCUAAAGAAUUGGUGUACUGAGUUAUUUAAAAAGCCUAUUGAAGUUUUGAGGGUUUUUUUGGUGUGAGGAGGAGAUCUCCACUGUAAUUAUCAGAUUGUUUUUAUCUGUAUUUAAUCACUUUUUGAAUAUUGUCAGAUAACCUGUGAUGUAUACCUGACUGAACUUCACCUUGAAUGAGGUGCACAUUGGGGUGAAUAACUCACUGGCAUGAACUACAUAUUGCACCUGCCUUUUUUUACCUCAAUUUGUUGGAAAAAUGCAGUGAGGCUACUUAUCCAAGGCCCAGACUUCAUCUCCUUGGAAACCUGAUCUUUCACCAGAUGUUGAGAAAUGUAAUUUCUCUUUUAAUCCAUUUCUGCAGAAGAGUACAGAUCAAAACAGCAUCUUCAGGCUUUGUCAGCCUGCAAUAUUCAUUAACUAAAAAAUACAGUCUGGCAUUUCAGCCCUUGCCCCAAAGAAGAUCGAUAGUUUCUGUUGUGUUUGGUAUUAUUUCAAAUUUAUUUUUAGCCGUUGCUAAAGUUCCUGGUUUACAGUUUAAUUCAGUUCAAGAAGUGGCUGACAAUGGGUUCUUCACGUGUAAAGUGCAGGAUUGUUUGUGUUCACCUUUCUGGGUCGUCCUCUCUCCUUUGCAGCUGCAAAGAGAGAUUUCUUCGCCCGGUGCUUGUAACCUUUUCAGCCUCCUGCCAUUUGAGAAGCUGUUAUUCAAUGUCUCCUGUGUCAGACGCACUUCUGGGUCAGCUGCUGGUGUCAGAACAGCUUGUGACCCUGCCCUGGAGCCGUGCUGGAGUUCACUAGGUUUUUGAGAGUAUUUGACCAGCAGAAUAUGAGGCAUGGAAGAGUUCUAAGGUGAUCAGCUGCUUUGGGCUGAGCAUCAUCAUCUUUGUUCAAGUGGAUCUAGGCUUCCAAGACAGGCCUUCAGACAGUCCAAUGGCAGACCAAAGGAUGGACAUAUCUUCUACAAUUAGUGACUUUAUGUCACCAGACCCUGCUGACUUGAUCUCCAGUUCCCUUAGCACUUCAGGAAUGGAUUGUAAUAGGAAAAGAAAGGGAAGCUCUACUGAUUAUCAACUCGAUGGCUUUCCUUUUGAGGAAGGUAUGGAUACAGAUAAAGAUGACCAACAUGGAAGAUUGGAGUAUGCAGACCAACAAGGCAGAAUAAAAAAUGCAAGGGAGGCUCACAGUCAGAUUGAGAAGAGGCGCAGAGAUAAAAUGAACAGUUUCAUAGACGAGCUGGCCUCGCUGGUCCCAACGUGCAACGCCAUGUCUCGGAAGCUGGACAAGCUCACCGUGCUGAGAAUGGCUGUGCAGCACAUGAAAACACUACGUGGUGCUACAAACCCAUAUACAGAAGCAAACUAUAAGCCUGCUUUUCUAUCAGAUGAUGAAUUAAAACAUCUUAUUCUCAGGGCAGCAGAUGGAUUUCUUUUUGUUGUGGGCUGUGACAGAGGAAAGAUACUGUUUGUUUCAGAAUCUGUUUUCAAGAUCCUCAACUAUAGCCAGAAUGAUUUGAUUGGUCAAAGUUUAUUUGAUUAUCUCCAUCCUAAAGACAUUGCCAAAGUGAAGGAGCAGCUCUCUUCUUCUGACACUGCACCACGGGAAAGGCUCAUAGAUGCAAAAACCGGACUCCCGGUCAAAACCGACAUCACGCCCGGGCCGUCGCGGCUGUGCUCGGGAGCAAGAAGGUCCUUCUUCUGCAGGAUGAAGUGCAAUAGGCCUUCAGUGAAAGUAGAAGACAAGGAUUUCCCUUCAACCUGUUCAAAGAAGAAAGCAGACCGCAAAAGCUUUUGCACUAUUCAUAGCACAGGAUAUUUAAAAAGCUGGCCUCCAACAAAGAUGGGACUGGAUGAGGAUAACGAGCCCGAUAACGAGGGCUGUAACUUGAGCUGCCUUGUUGCCAUUGGGAGGCUCCAUCCCCAUGUGGUGCCACAGCCGGUGAACGGCGAGAUCCGGGUGAAACCUACGGAAUACGUGUCCCGACACGCCAUAGAUGGGAAAUUCGUUUUUGUAGAUCAGAGGGCAACAGCCAUUCUGGCAUACUUACCCCAGGAACUUCUAGGUACUUCGUGUUAUGAAUAUUUUCAUCAAGAUGAUAUAGCACACCUUGCAGAAUGUCAUAGACAAGUUUUGCAGACGAGAGAAAAAAUUACAACCAACUGCUACAAGUUUAAAAUAAAAGAUGGCUCUUUUAUUACGUUGCGGAGUCGCUGGUUCAGUUUCAUGAACCCUUGGACCAAAGAAGUAGAAUACAUUGUCUCAACAAACACAGUCGUUUCCACCACUGUACUGGAGAGCGGGGACGCAGCCUUUCCACAGCUCGCGGCGUCUCCACACAGCAUGGACAGUGUGCUCCAGGCUGGAGAAGGUGGCCCAAAAAGGACCCACCCUACUGUGCCUGGAAUUCCAGGUGGAACAAGAGCGGGAGCAGGUAAAAUAGGGAGGAUGAUUGCUGAAGAAAUCAUGGAGAUUCACAGGAUAAGAGGAUCAUCACCUUCCAGCUGUGGCUCCAGUCCCCUGAACAUCACCAGCACCCCACCACCUGACACCUCCUCCCCGGGAGGCAAGAAGAUCUUGAAUGGUGGCACUCCAGACAUUUCUUCAGCUGGAUUGCUGUCUGGGCAAAUCCAGGAUAAUUCUGGUUACCCCUAUUCCGACAACUCCUCCAUCCUCGGGGAGAACUCCCACAUCGGCAUCGACAUGAUCGACAACGACCAGGGCUCGAGCAGCCCCAGCAACGACGAGGCCGCCAUGGCCGUCAUCAUGAGCCUGCUGGAGGCCGACGCGGGGCUGGGCGGCCCCGUGGACUUCAGUGACCUGCCCUGGCCCUUGUAAAUGAUGCCCCCAGACACCCAAAUAUCAAAGUGCAUUUACUGGUGGAGUUCUACAGUCUGUGAAACUCGUGGGACUGAGGAGCUUUUAUGUACGGAUUUCAUAAAAGCCGUGUCAGAAUGCAACUCAUCCUUACCAUGUGUAACUUCAGACAAAGUGGAAUAACCUGCUACAGUGUUCUGUGUUGAUUUGGUUAGCUGUGUAUAGCUUGCAAUACUUGUAUAUUUUGGAUUCUGUUGUUUGAAAUUUUUUUUUUUUUAAAUCACUGUGCAACUCACUGGCAUCAGUGGUAGCUUUUAUAUGCAAAUGACCAUUUCAGAUGUAUGGUGUGUUUUUACACUGCAAAACAGUCCCCAUGUGGAUAUUUCUUAUACUAAUUGUACCAUAAAGCUGUUUAUUCUUUCUUGUAAGAAUCCUUUACUAUAAAUAUUGUUAAAGUGUAAUGUAUUAGACAGUUAAAUAUUUUUAAAAUAAAUGUUUCCCUUGUUCUAAGACGGAGCAUUUACUUUGAUAAAUAAAUUUGAUAAAACCCUGCUGAAGGUGCAUGCUA